GGGGAAAAAGACAAAACCGAGAAUGGCAUCAUAAGGGCAGAGUUCGCAAUUUUCCAGGCUCAGCUUAGAAGCCCCGGUAUAAAAACAGAGCAAUCAAUCCAUUACCAGAGUCACGCACUCACUCACUCUGCCGGCCUUGUAUUUGUUUCUCCAUCCAUACAGAACAGGGGCGGGAGCUCCGAGGCAGGCAGGCUGAAGAUGGCCAUGCCGUGCGUACUUUUUCUUCUUCUUCUUCUACAAUGUCUGGCUUUCAAUCAAGCAGCUGGAGCCAUGGCUUCUGGCGGGGAGCAGCCGCUUGCCCAGAUUGGCAUCCACCGUGCUGUCUUCGCUCUCCACGGAAACGCUUCUAUCAAAGCAAAUCACUCCCUUCUCGGCACCAAGGGAGAAGACAGUGAAUGGGUAACUGUAAAAUUCCGUAUUCCCACGGCUUCCCCAGACUAUUGGAUUGCUGUGUUUUCUCCUGCCAAAUUCAACUCAUCAUCUUGUCCAGCAGGCGAUGAAAGGCGGGUGCAGCCGCCAUACAUAUGCUCUGCUCCAAUUAAGUACAAAUUUGCGAAUGAGUCCAGCUCCAAGUAUGUAAAGACAGGAAAGGGGUCUUUGAAAUUCCAACUCAUCAACCAGCGCCAGGACUUCUCUUUCGCUUUGUUUUCCGGUGGAUUAUCAAACCCAACCCUGGUGGCAGUCUCUGCGCCCAUUAGUUUCGCGAAUCCAAAGGCGCCCCUUUAUCCCCGCCUUGCUCAAGGGAAGUCCUGGAAUGAAAUGACAGUAACCUGGACGAGCGGCUACAACAUCGAUGAAGCUGUCCCUUUUCUUCAAUGGGGUCUGAAAGGAGAUACCCAAAUUCGAUCACCAGCUGGAACCCUAACGUUUAACAGAAACAGCAUGUGUGGCCCCCCUGCAAGAACAGUCGGCUGGCGCGAUCCUGGCUUCUUUCACACCAGUUUCCUCAAAGAUUUGUGGCCAAACUCGGUCUACACUUACAAGAUGGGUCAUAUGCUAUCCAACAAUGGAUCAAUCGUGUGGAGCAAGAGCUAUUCCUUCAAAUCAUCCCCUUAUCCAGGACAGGACUCGUUGCAGCGUGUCAUCAUUUUUGGUGACAUGGGGAAGGCUGAACGCGACGGCUCCAAUGAGUACAACAACUAUCAGCCAGGGUCACUCAACACCACAGAUACAUUGAUCAAGGAUUUGGACAAUUACGACAUUGUGUUUCAUAUUGGUGACAUCUCAUAUGCCAAUGGCUACAUCUCUCAAUGGGAUCAGUUCACACAAAUGGUGGAGCCCAUUGCAUCAACCGUGCCUUACAUGGUCGCCAGUGGGAAUCAUGAACGUGACUACCCAGGUUCCGGAUCCUUCUAUGACACGAAUGAUUCAGGUGGCGAAUGUGGAGUCGUAGCAGAGACGAUGUUCUACGUCCCAGCUGAGAACAGAGCCAAGUUUUGGUAUUCAACAGAUUAUGGGAUGUUCCAUUUCUGCGUAGCUGACACGGAACACGACUGGAGGGAAGGCUCUGAACAAUACAAGUUCAUAGAGAAGUGCCUUGCCUCAGCCGACAGACAAAAGCAGCCAUGGCUGGUCUUCAUAGCUCACAGAGUCCUCGGCUACUCUUCGAACUCCUUCUACGCGAUGCAAGGAUCGUUCGAGGAGCCCAUGGGUCGAGAUGACAUGCAGAAGCUGUGGCAGAAGUACAAAGUGGAUAUCGCAUUCUUUGGCCAUGUCCAUAACUAUGAAAGAACUUGCCCCAUCUACCAGAACAUAUGUGUGAACAAGGAGAAGACGCACUACUCGGGCACAGUAAAUGGAACAAUCAACGUUGUGGUUGGAGGUGGAGGGAGCCAUUUGUCAGAUUUCACUCCAUUGCAGACAUAUUGGAGCAUUUACAAAGACCACGACUAUGGGUUUGUGAAGUUGACAGCUUACAAUCAUUCCUCGCUUCUAUUCGAGUACAAGAAGAGCAGCGAUGGAGUGGUUUAUGAUUCAUUCACCAUUUCGAGGGACUACAGGGAUGUUUUGGCUUGUGUCCAUGACGGAUGUGAAGCAACUACAUGGGCCAUGUGAAGCACACACAUUAUACUCAUACGUACAAUACAGUUCGAAAUUUUUGGUAGAAAAUUGUAGUCCACCUCAGUCUUGAUCGUGCAUACGAACACCAUAAUUAUAUGAAAAUUUAAUUUUCCAUUUUUUUUGUUAGCUUAAAUGCAUGUGUCCAGUUACAACUUGACGCCAAGAACAUGUACAGGAGAUACACAACCAGUUAAUCGUGUUCAAGUCCAAUACCUUUAG